AUGAAGGCCACAAGUCUAGCAUCAGAUGAGCAGCUGUUCCACCGCCCUGAAAGUUUUGGCCCUUUUCUUACUCUAGGAGAUUGCUCGGAACCUCCUCCACCUAGCACCCAAGCUGGCCAACAAGGUCACUCCACUCUUGGGGACUUGGGGGAUUUUGGUAAUCUAUUUUAUACUAACGGUGGCGACCAAGGCGAUGACGACCAGGGAAGCACACAAGGCUAUUCUGUUGGACUGGACCGAGGAGGAGGUGGUUGGGAUGAUGAUGGCCUAGGUAGUGACAGCCAAUCUUGGGACCCUGGUAGUGUGUCAUGUGGCAUACACAUUCAGGGGUACCUUUCAGCACACUGGAUGUAUCCUUUUCGGCGAGAGGCGUAUCCCUUGGUCUUUUUUAGGCACAGUGCUCUGCCAAUGCAGAGUCUUAUCCCGCCUGUAGCCAUGCCCCAAGUUCGGGUGCAAAAAAUUUCUCACCCGGGGCAUGGCCCUUAA